AUGGACGUAUCCCCGAGGGCGGGCAGCCCCCCGACGUCCCCCCGCCGCCCCAAGCCGCGGCCCUCAGGCGCCCCGCGGCGGCCGCCGUCCGCAGGCGCGGAAGUUCUGAGAAGCGAAGCGGACGAUCCUCUGCACCAAGAAAAAUACCACGAAAAUGUCCCAAACUCUGAUGAGUUUAUUGAUAUUCUCGACACGAACCUUCGUUCCUUAGCCAUAAAUGAGUCACGCCGUCACGAAGUGAGUCAUGCCGCCAUAAGUGAGUCACGCCGUCACGAAGGCUACGACGAGUCACCAGUUACGCACUCAGCUGAUGAGUCCUCAGGCGCAGGUUCAGGCGCUGAUUAUCAGUGGGAGACCGAGUCUUCAGAGGGACAAGUUUCCCCCCGAGGGAACAGCCCUUUAAUAUUCCGUGAGAUUAACGAACACGAUACACGUGGAGCUUGUGGUGACACGCACACGUGUCCUACGUGUCGUUACGAUACUUCCUACCCGCACACACGUGCUCGUAUCCUACGGUCCUACACACGAAGCUCGUAUCCUAUUGAUCCUUGGGACUCUCGGACGGGCAGUGUUAUGGCCGGCGCUCCUGUGGAGUAUGGCUGCAGGAAUGAAAUAAAUCCUGCACGGCAGGAGCAGCGGCAGGAUCAACAUUACUAUCCUGAUGUGGAUAUGUCGGAUCUCGAAGGACAUGUUGACCACAUGGCGGACAAUCCUGACCACAAUCAUGUGGCCGCGAGGCUGACCACGGGCGAUAUUAAUAGUUCAACUCGUUGCAUUGUUUGUUCAUCAAAUGCUGACGUCAACAACUGCAUGGGCUGCAGAUACGAUGUGUGCAUCCGGUGUCAGGACCGCCACAGCUGCUUGAACCCCAACCAAGUUACCGACGAAUGUCCCGUGCAUCGUCUGAAAAUUACGAACGGCUUUUGUCGCAGUCACAACAUUAAAGUUUGUACGGCAUGCAGGCUGGACGGCAUUGGCACUCAUGUCUACUGCGACGUGCAAGACUUCCAACGAAACACGCACGAAAUUAUUAAUUUCGUCAACGAAUUCAUCCAGGAUGUCAUCGAUGAGGUCAUGGAACUUAAUCCCGAAAUGCCUUUGGUCUUCUCGACGCCUCAUCAGCAACGGCUGUUCCAAGCCCUGCCUUCCUCACAACUCCCUGCCGCAGUCACGUUCAAUUGGAACUGUUAUCUUCUUACAGUCAAUAAGUUCCUCGUUAGCUUCUGCUCAGCUCCAAUGAGCACAUAUAAACAGGAAAUAGAAGCAAUGUGGAACGCUCUGCUAUAUCUGGUCGCUGAGGAACAACCUGAAAAAUUUGACGUGACUUUCGCAGACGGUAAUUCAGAAGACGCCCCCGACGUAAGCCAGUGCCGUGUCGUAGGGCCUGGCAGCUGUAAGGCUGUUGCAGGAAGGGAAACUAAGUUCUUCCUGCAUGUGAACAACCGGCAUGGAAGUCCAUGUAAGCCUGGGAGUUACCUUCUGAGUGUAAAGGCCUUCAGAGGCGCACAGUCUGACGAGGCUGUCGCAGUGUUCACCAACAGCUACGUUAACGGCACAGUUGUGAUCAGCUAUUGCUUCACUCAGUGUACCCCACACAGCAUAAAUGUUAGGAUCAACGGCGUUAUGCUGCCGGGAAGUCCGUUGGUCGUUCAUGUCGAGCCGGCCGAUGUCUUUGCUCAAGCUAUAACCGCCAUCACGAACAUAAACUUCCCCAUACUCCAACAACCCGGCGGGCUUUGCAGCGACGGGGAAGAGGUGAUCUAUAUUACAGACACCAGGGCGGGAGACGUCAAGGUUCUGAACUCGAUGUUCGACGUUCAGGGGAUCAUCUCGAAGCGCGGUAGCGGAUUCGGGGAGUUGGAUUCUCCUACCGGGAUUGCGAUCGACCGUCACGGGAACCUGGUGGUCUGUGACACGGGGAACAGACGACUACAGGUGUUCUCUGUCACGGGUUUCCCGAUCCGAGAGUCGUCUGGAAAUUUUCAUGAAAUCCAACCUGUCACCAUUGCGGUGAACUCACAAAACACUUACGUGGUCGGUGACGCUUGUGGCCUUGUCUUCCUAAUGUGUCCGGAGUUCAAGCAGAUGACGCUUGUUUCCAACAAUCGCGCGCCUGAAUGCAGAAUCGUGCAAGCACCGGCCGUCAAAACAGGUUUCGUGGAUGAAAUUUUCGUGGUUCAACCAAGUACUGGAGAAAUGACCAUCAAAAAUUGCAGAACAGGGAUCUUUGAGAAGUACUUCGCCCACCAUCCACCUUCAACCGAAGAAUCGCAUGGACACGAAGCAACACACAACGACCAAGCUGUUCAAAUAUCCGACUUCUACAUAGACAGCGCAGGGAACUUUGUCAUGGCAGACGCGUUGAGUGGAGAUAUCAAAGUUUACAGCUACUCGGGGGUGCCCAUAACCUCGUGGCGGUGCCCAGGGGUGCCCCGGGGCAUCACUGGGUACCCAGGCUUGCCCUUCCACUACAUCGUCGCCGUGACGAUGCUCUCGGGCAUCACGUCUCUGGUUGUGUACGGCCCAGAACAUGCGGAGACUCUGGCAGAGACGCCACAGAGACCCCAGAUGGUCUUUGGAGUCCAGGCAAACUUUGUGGGCAGCGAUGCAAGCUGAUACAAGUGCA